AUGAAUAAUAGUAUGCUUAGCCUAUCAACCAAGACCUACUUUUACCGAGCACGGGGAAAUAUAUCUUGUCUAUGGGUUCUAUUAUCUAUAUUUGUAUUGAGAGCGACAGCUGCACCGCUUACUCUCGAGGACUUUGUCUCUCCCACCCAAAUGGCUAUUAUCUCGAUCCUUCAGACAGUCUUUUUUGCCUAUGUAUCGCACGCAGUUACUGUCCGCCCAGAGAAUACAACAAAAGCGUUACCAUCUAUUGCUAAGCGUGCGUUGGCUAUAGCGUGGCCUGUAAGCGGAAUACACGAAGCAGUUGGAUGCAUAAUCAAAUCUUUCCAAGGACGUAAAAUUCUUCAAGAAAUGCUUGCUGAAGACAAAGGACAGAAAGCCAAAGAUACUUCAAUGGAUGAUUGGUUAAUUGACAUGAAAUUAAAGUAUUUCGAUACAGCGCGGAUAGCACUCCUCAUCGAAAGACAAGAGCUCAACGAUAAUCUUACUCUACUUAAACGUCGCUUACAAAUAUUCAGAGGCAGGGUUUCGCAGCAUGAGGAAAGGUUACAGGCGUACAAAGACAGAAAAUCAGAUGAAUUGAAUGGCAAAGAUUCAUCUGAAUAUGAAAAGAGGCUUUCAACAACCUCCGAGUAUCUUCGCGACGAUCUUGAAAAACUGUUGGACUUGAGAAGUGCUAAUCUGAGACAUAGUUACUACCUUAUAAAAAGAGAAGACUUGUUUGGCACCAGAAAAGCAAAGUUUCAAGCUGACUUGGAUAGAACGAGCAUAUAUGACGAGAAAUCAGAAAAUUCAGGAUCGCAGUACUCUUUGGAUGAUAAUCAAGCAGAAUCUUAUUAUUCUGAUAGCGAUGAACUUAGCACAGAGUCAUACGUAUCCAACGAUUCUUCACAAAUUGCAACAGAGCCAUCUGGCUCUGAAUACGAUUCAGAUAACGUUGAAUCAUCGGUAUACAGUGAAGAGGAAGACCUCCAGGUGUAUGAUCCUGCAAAUGAUCCAGAAUUACUGCACAGCACAUUCGCGUUUGAUUCCAAUAUGGCGGAUUUACAAAAUACGGAUUUUGCCGUAUGCUCUAAUUGGGAGGAGAUGCAAGAUCAAAAUAAAGAAAGAUAUGGAGAUGACGAUAUAUACAGCUCUUACACCAGAAACUUGUACUCGAUAUCAGAAGAAAACGAUAUUCCAGAUGAUAUUUCUGAAGAACUACAAAGUCUCUUGGAUAAAUACGAGAUUCAAGACAAAGCACAAUUCAAUUGGAAAUUUAAUUACGACAAUAGCGCUUACCUUGAUGCUCUCUUAACAAAGAUGGGGCCGGAGAGAUCGAAGAGUGUGAAAGACUUUAUUAUCAAUGAUGAUAUAUUUAUUGGAAUGGACAAAGAAGAUGUAGAGCUAUUGAAGCCAUCUAGUUACAGUCUAACUUCAGAAACAAAUGUUACUGGUCCUGGUGCACAUCUUCCUUACCAAGUUCCAGUUCACCCGUUCUUGUUUCGCUUCCUCCCACCAGACAUGCUUGAUCAAUUAACAGGAGCAGGUCCUUUGGGGGGAUCUUCUGCCCUGGGAAAGAUAUUCACAUUGAUUCAAUUGGGCUACACAGUAUAUGAAAUUAUUGACGGCGAAGGUGACAGUUGGUCUAAGCUAAUUAUGGGGAUCUUUAUGAUCAUGUCCAUUUCUCAGACAAUAUCCCUUGUUGCCCUUCCUCCGCAAGACGUUUCCUACAGUCUCAAAGGAAACUAUAUUACUGGUUCUUGCUACAACUAUUUCAGGAUACAAGAAAAUGAAGUUCUUGGGAUCGUCAAACAGUUUUUCUCGAGCAAACGUCAUAAAACAAUGGGGCGAUCAGACUUUCAUUCUACCUCAAAUACGUUUUGUAUCUUGGCCUUGACAGGAAUGUCUUCAAAAGAUCUGAUGGGGGUUAUUAAACGAGAUGACUUUGACAGAAAAACACUUACUCAUUUUCCGUCUGGAAUAUGGGAGUAUUUCGUUGUUUUUGGAGGAAUAGCUGUACCUCUUUUACUAGGCUUAAUACCUGGGUACGGAGAAAGGAGUACAACAGAAUGGAUUGUGAUCUCUUGGAUUGUUGGGAGUCUGCCUUUUAUUAUAUUCCGAAUCAUCUACUUUGAUAUGUUCACCACAAUGAAAACCUCAGAGAUGAUACUACUAGUUAUUGUUGGAGCCUUGCCAGGUAUAGCACUUGUUCUAACUGCAACAGUCAUCGGCUUUGUUACUGUUUGAAAUAACCCCCCCCCCCAUCCAUUUUCUCUCUCUCUUCUUGCAAAUAUAAUUAAUAGUAUUAAAUG